UUUCUCCUUUCUACGCUAUGCUCCACACUCCCCAGUACCCCCACCCCGAUAUAAAUAAAUCUGAUCCCCAAUUUUAAAGCCUCAGCAAUUCAAUUCGUUUCAGAUCUGACCCAUUAAAUCAAUCAGAUCUCCUUCACUUCUAAAUCCAAUUAGGGUUUCCCACCCGAAUUUCGCAGCAAAUUUUCACUGAUCUCACUGCUUUCCCCCUUCCAGGAGUUAGUUUUGGGGCAAUUAAGGUGAAGAGAAAAUGUUAACCAAGUUCGAAACCAAGAGUAAUCGAGUGAAGGGGUUGAGCUUUCAUAGCAAGCGACCAUGGAUCUUGGCCAGUCUUCAUAGUGGUGUGAUCCAGCUAUGGGACUAUCGUAUGGGCACUCUCAUCGAUCGGUUUGACGAGCACGAUGGCCCCGUGCGUGGCGUCCAUUUCCAUAAAUCUCAACCUCUCUUUGUCUCCGGAGGAGAUGAUUAUAAGAUCAAGGUUUGGAAUUACAAGCUGCAUAGGUGUUUGUUUACCCUGCUUGGGCAUCUUGAUUACAUUCGUACUGUUCAAUUUCACCACGAGUAUCCAUGGAUUGUUAGUGCAAGUGAUGAUCAAACAAUCAGAAUAUGGAACUGGCAGUCUCGAACUUGUAUCUCUGUCUUGACUGGGCACAACCACUAUGUGAUGUGUGCCUCAUUCCAUCCCAAGGAGGACUUAGUUGUGUCUGCUUCUUUGGAUCAGACCGUUCGAGUGUGGGAUAUUGGUGCCCUGAGGAAGAAAACAGUGUCCCCUGCUGAUGACAUCCUCAGAUUGAGUCAGAUGAACACCGAUUUCUUCGGUGGUGUCGAUGCAGUUGUAAAGUAUGUCCUAGAGGGUCAUGAUCGAGGAGUGAACUGGGCUUCAUUCCAUCCCACUCUCCCUUUGAUUGUCUCUGGUGCUGAUGAUCGCCAAGUUAAAAUCUGGCGAAUGAAUGACACAAAAGCUUGGGAAGUUGACACAUUGAGAGGGCAUAUGAACAAUGUGUCAUGUGUUCUAUUCCAUGCAAGACAGGACAUUAUUGUCUCAAAUUCAGAAGAUAAGAGCAUACGAGUGUGGGAUGCUACAAAGAGAACAGGUCUUCAGACUUUCAGAAGGGAACAUGACCGAUUCUGGAUCCUUGCGGCUCACCCUGAGAUGAAUCUUCUAGCUGCCGGUCAUGACAGUGGCAUGAUUGUAUUCAAACUGGAGAGGGAACGCCCUGCAUUUUCUGUGAGUGGUGAUUCUCUGCUUUAUGUGAAAGAUCGCUUCCUGCGCAUUUUUGAGUGCUCAACUCAGAAAGAUACUCAGUUGAUACCAAUUAGGAGGCCUGGUUCUAACAGCUUAAAUCAAGGCCCCCGCACUCUUUCCUACAGCCCUACUGAAAAUGCUGCUUUAAUAUGUUCAGACAUGGAUGGAGGUUCUUAUGAGCUCUAUAUUGUACCGAAAGACAACUAUGGUAGAGGUGAAACUGUUCAAGAGGCCAAAAGAGGUAUUGGAGGUUCAGCAGUUUUCGUUGCUCGAAAUAGAUUUGCUGUGCUUGAGAAGAGCAGCAACCAAGUGGCAGUCAAGAAUCUUAAGAAUGAUACUGUCAAGAAGAGUCCUCUUCCUAUUGCUACAGAUGCAAUUUUUUAUGCAGGCACAGGAAACUUGCUGUGUAGGGCAGAGGACCGAGUUGUCAUUUUUGACCUCCAACAGCGCUUGGUACUUGGGGAACUUCAGACUUCUUUCAUCAGGUAUGUAGUCUGGUCACAGGACAUGGAAAGCGUUGCUUUGCUCAGCAAGCACUCGAUAGUCAUAGCUGAUAAGAAACUUGUUCAUCGGUGUACUCUUCACGAGACAAUCCGUGUCAAGAGUGGAGCUUGGGAUGAUAAUGGUGUUUUCAUAUACACAACACUGACGCACAUCAAGUAUUGCCUUCCUAAUGGGGACAGUGGAAUUAUUAAAACCCUGGAUGUCCCGAUAUACAUCACUAAAAUAUAUGGCAAUACAAUCUUUUGCCUGGAUCGAGAAGGCAAAAAUCGUCCUAUUAUUAUUGAUUCAACCGAGUACAUUUUUAAGCUGUCUCUGCUAAGGAAGAGAUAUGACCAGGUCAUGAGUAUGAUUAGGAACUCAGAACUCUGUGGGCAAGCCAUGAUUGCUUAUUUGCAGCAGAAGGGAUUUCCAGAAGUUGCUCUGCAUUUUGUAAAGGAUGAGCGAACUCGAUUCAACUUGGCUCUCGAAAGUGGAAACAUCCAGAUAGCAGUUGCAUCUGCUAAAGAGAUUGAUGAGAAAGAUCACUGGUACAGGCUAGGGGUGGAGGCCCUUCGUCAGGGUAAUGCUGGCAUAGUUGAAUAUGCAUAUCAGAGGACGAAGAACUUCGAGAGGCUGUCAUUCCUUUAUUUGACAACGGGGAAUUUGGAAAAGUUGUCCAAAAUGAUGAAAAUUGCUGAAGUUAAGAAUGAUGUUAUGGGCCAGUUCCAUGAUGCUUUGUACCUGGGUGAUAUCCAAGAACGUGUCAAGAUUUUGGAGAAUGCUGGUCAUUUGCCCCUCGCAUACAUCACAGCCUCAGUCCAUGGGCUUCAUGAUGUUGCUGAGCGUCUUGCUGCAGAUCUGGGAGAUAACGUUCCAACUUUGCCCAAGGGGAAAUCUGCUUCACUCUUGAUUCCCCCAAAACCUGUAUUAUGUGGUGGAGAUUGGCCCUUGUUGAUGGUCACGAGAGGGAUCUUUGAGGGUGGUCUUGAUAAUGCUGGGAAGGGUACACAAGAGGACUAUGAAGAUGCCGCAGAUGCUGAUUGGGGCGAGGCUUUGGAUAUUGGUGAAGUUGAAAACAUCCAGAAUGGUGACAUCAGUAUGGUCUUGGAUGAAGAUGAAGUGCAGGAAGACAAUGAGGAGGGAGGAUGGGAUCUUGAGGAUCUGGAUCUGCCACCUGAUGCUGAUACGCCUAAGACUGCUUCAAAUACACGUUCAUCUGUAUUCAUAACACCAACUAAUGGAAUGCCUGUUAGCCAGAUUUGGGUUCAGAAAUCAUCCAUUGCCGCAGAACAUGCUGCUGCUGGGAAUUUUGACACUGCAAUGCGAUUACUGAGCCGACAAUUAGGAAUAAGAAAUUUUUCUCCUUUGAAGCCGUUGUUUAUUGAUCUUCAGUCAGGCAGUCAUACUUAUCUGCGUGCCUUCUCCUCUGCACCAGUGAUUACUGUUGCAGUUGAACGGGGUUGGAGCGAGGCAGCAAGUCCUAAUGUGCGGGGUCCACCUGCCCUUGUGUUCAACUUUUCUCAGCUGGAUGAGAAACUGAAGGCUGGCUACAAGGCCACAACUUCUGGAAAGUUCACUGAAGCACUGAAACUAUUUCGGUCUAUUCUGCUUACAAUUCCCCUUAUUGUAGUUGAGACUCGGAGAGAAGUGGAUGAAGUUAAGGAAUUGAUUGUUAUUGCAAAGGAGUAUGUUCUAGGUUUGCAAAUGGAGCUAAAAAGGAGGGAAUUGAAGGAGGAUCCUGUUCGUCAGCAGGAGCUAGCUGCCUACUUCACUCAUUGCAAUCUGCAGCUCCCCCAUUCUAGACUUGCCCUAUUGAAUGCCAUGCUUGUUUGCUACAAGGCUGGCAACCUCAGCACUGCAGCAAACUUUGCUAGGCGCCUCUUGGACACCAAUCCAACAAAUGAAAACCAGGCCAGGAAUGCUCGUCAAGUUCUUCAGGCUGCGGAGAGAAACAUGAAAGAUGUUUCUCAGCUGAAUUAUGACUUCAGAAACCCCUUUGUGACCUGUGGAGCCACGUAUGUUCCCAUAUACCGUGGACAGAAGGAUGUCAUCUGCCCUUAUUGUGGUACCCAUUUUGUUCCAUCACAGCAGGGGCAAUUAUGUACUGUGUGUGAUCUUGCUGUUGUUGGAGCUGAUGCAUCUGGCCUUCUUUGCUCUCCUUCACAAAUGCGAUGAUUACAAUUCCUUUCAAUAUUUAGUUCAUCCCAACAGGCUGUGUCGUUAGAAACAUAAAGAUAAAUAUUUUUUCUCACUGUUGCUGUGAAGGAAGGGUUUCAUCCAGAGACUUUGUAGGGAAAGCUGGAAGAGAGCUAUUUAGAACCUCUGUUUUGUUUUGUUGAAUGAUGUCGUCUCUCCAUCAAACAAGGUCAGGGAGCCCUACUCUAUUGGCCGGUCUGAUUUUGUUUCUUUUGCCCUUUCUGCGGUGUGGCUGGCUAUGAAUAAUGUAAUGGAAUUUGAUACUAUCUUUUUGUAUUACUCCGUAUUUGACUAGUUUUUUUCCCCUUCUUACCCAUAGUUCUAUCCUUCUGUACAAGUUUUCAUUCUUUUUGCUAUAUCUACUGAACUCAAUGAUAUCUUAAUGGGAUUCAGUAUUUAGAACUCUCUGAAGGGAAUUUACUGCAGUAAGAGCAAUUGGUAGUUACCUUGGCGUC